AUGUCCCAUCAGCCCUUUUCCAUCCCCUCGAGAACAUCGAGCGCCAACGCGCUGAACCCCGAAAUGCUCCCCUCAAAGCCGAGCCAGGAUAACCUGAAGGAACACAGGACAUCCAAAGCGCAGAAGAUACUAGGAACGUCUGAAGUUGCGGUGCAGCAGAUCAACAGGGACCGCGAGGAGAAACGGCGAACCCGGCGGCCAACCUUUAUGCGGUCCCCAGAAACCAAAUCCAAGAAGAGCAGCGGCUUCGUGACCUUCCCCGUGGCGCCCGCAAACCCAAGCAUACCACCACAGAACCUCCGUGUUCGAGCGUCCUCUCCCCUGCUGGGUCAAGAAUAUCGAGCGCGAGAUACCGCCGCCCCCCCGCUUCCGGAGCCCAAAAGAAAGAUCCAUCAAUCGGGCUCUGCUUUGGCUCUAUACUCCCAUUUUAACUUCCGAGACUCCACAAGCGAUCAAGGCGCGGGUUCGGAAAGCGGACGCAAGAGUAGCGGGCGCGGCAGUAGCCGGGGCCGUGAUGCGAAACCAGACCCCUCGCUGGACUUUGGUUUGAAACAAUCCAAGGGGCCGGCGAAGGAAUCUAAGCGGAAGAUACGACCCCCCCGCAUUGACCUUUCUCUGCUGUUUCCGAAACCGCGCGCCGAAGCGGCUCCCCUUCUCUCGCCGCAACGCAUGGUGGAGUCGCCGUCUCCUGUCUCCAUCGCUUCGGGAAUGGCUCCUGCGCCUCCCAAGACGCCGGAUCACCACGUUGCUGCGAAGCCCCAGACAAAAGCAGCGCCAACGCAGACACCCCCUGCCAAGCCACGGAGUCGUCCAGCCGCCAAUACGGUCCGCGGGCCGUCCACGAUCUUCGAGAAAAAUAACGACAACUGGUUCGACCCCUCGUUGGAAAAGACGGUGCGCACCAUCGAAAUGGACAUGGCCCUGCAGAACCCCGACCCCGCGCGUCACAGCCGCUUCCUCCAGCGCCCGCGAAGCCGAGAAGAGCUCGAAGCGAGUGCUCUCCCAGCGGACCAUCUGCGCAAGGUUCCCUCGAAUAGCUCCAUUGGUGGCUGGAGCAAGGAGACCCAUCUUUCUCCUCGAGAUUGCUCGCGAGUCCAUGUAAACGGCCCCGCGAAUUCCACCCGGCCGCGACAGAUUAGCGCAUCUUCUGCGCCGCACAGUUCUACGUCGGAGAAGAGUCGCAGUAGCACCUUGAAGGAUACCGACCUGACCAUGUCUAGUGUGCUGUGCCUCUCCUCGUCGGAAGAUGAGGACGAAGAGGAGGAUCACGUUCUACCCAAGGACCGUGGCAUCCCCAGGGGGCCGAGAGAUAGCGUCGCCAUGUACAGCAAUUUCGGGGCCGAGUUAGGCACAGCGGCCGGGCCCCAGGCGACGAAGGGAGUACCGAGACGGGCAGAACCGAGUGGCUCAGUGGGCAGUCAUAGAUCGAGCAGCCAGAGAUCCGCUUCGACUCAGAGACAGCCAUCCUUCCGCCGAGCCCCGUCGACUAGGGGGUUGCCGGCAUCAGCUCCACAGAGUCAGUCGCGUCGAUCAAGCCUCGUGCCAACCAUCAUGGAGCCCGAACCACCCCACGGGGAGCCUCUCUCCACCGGGGCCCGAAGUUCGGUCAAGCCCGCUCUCUCCCAGAAGGAAAUGUACCGGAGAAGUCGAGUGAUGGCCGUCACGAGGCAAGAAGAAGAUCUCCUGGCCGCCAUCCGCGAGCGCAGGGGGAAAAUCACCCCGAGUAUCUUCCCUGACGGCCGAGGCGACGCAGACACCCCCGAGCCCGACCGGGGGUCCGUAUACUCGGCAGCCCCGUCGCGGGAAUCUUUCUACGGCUCGGAGACAUCCUUCUUGCGAUUGAGCGGCGCCUUUCCUCUCAAUACCGCUCUGGCAGACCAAGGUGCAACUCAACAUGAAAAAGGCGCUCCUUCCAACUCCCUGGGCGUGGAAUCUGACACUGAGCAGAAAACCACCCCGGUCAGCGCCUCCCCUCGCACUAGCCUGGUGUAUACGGAAAGCCUCCCUUCUCCAGCCACCAGCAGCGCGUCUCCAUUGACCCCGACCCUCCCUAUCCACCGCUUUUCACCACUGCCAUCACAGAAACCCCACCCCCGCCAUCCUCCCCCCGCUGUCCCCACGGUUCGGAGGCAACACUCCCGACGACGCACGGACAGCAGCGAGGCUAUCGUGCUGGGCGAGAGCGGGGAGUCCAGGGAUCGACACGACUUUCCCAUCUGGGCGCUUGGAUGGAGUAAUGACGAUGGGAGCCAUGGAUCUCACCUGACGACUGUGCAUUGA